UAAUCAUCAUCGAACCAAACGAAGAAAGGGGAAAAAAAAUUAUCCCAAAUAAUAACUUAUUCCCCCCUUCGGCCUUCGCUUGGUGAGAGUUGAAUUGGUCCCGCCGGAAAUUUCUGUGUGCGUGUCUUGAGGUUGAGGGCGAUGGAGCCGCGGCUUCUGUGAAGGAUCCGACUACCCAAUUGUGGGUUGUUGCCAUAUAAUCCAAGUCUUCCCUUCUUUGGCUCCGAUUCCGUUUCCAUCUUCUCCCACUCCUCGGGGUCUCCUCGCUUUGUCGGUGUUUGGGUUUGGGUUUGGGCUUCCGAAUUUAAUACAAAGUGCGGUUUUUUAUUCGGGAAGUGGGGUGGGGAGGAGCUCCGGGUGGUUCCAUUGACUCGAGAAGCAUUAAAUUCGCCGGAAGCGCGGUCGUCGGCUUAAGGAAGCCGUCUCUUCUGUAUUUUCUUUCUCUCUCUCUCGCCUUUGCUUGAGAUUUGUGAUUCGCCAAUCUCUCUGCUUCUCUCUCGCUCUCUCUGUUCUCUUCUUUACUUGGAAUGCCGUUUAAAAGGAGAAAGGUGUGAUCUUUUUGAGGAAAGAGAGUGUUUGGUUGGUUUCCAAGAGGGAAUGGGCCUCAGGAUUGUGGGGUGGAGAUCAUGAGAGGUUGUUGCUCUCUUUCUGGAAUUCGAGAGUUGGUGAUAACUCAGAGUAUGUCGUCGGUUGUGCUAGCUCGGACGGGGCGCCACCGGCAGCGUUACCAAGAUCAUUUCCGGCUUGUUGCUGGAUGCAUUCCCUAUAAGCAAAAGGCGAACACAGAGAAUCACAGCGACGAUUUGAUAGAUUGUCUGGAAGUCCUCAUGAUUUCUUCACCAAAUCGAGUUGAUCUUGUCUUCCCAAAGGGUGGAUGGGAGAAUGACGAGACUGUACAUGAUGCAGCAUGUCGCGAAGCCCUGGAGGAAGCAGGUGUCAGGGGAAUUAUAAAUUUCUCAGUGAUAUCUCUUAUUAAAACGCGGAUAUGUAAGAAUGCUAUGGACUUGAGUCUGGAUUACACAAUGAGGGGACAAGAAGGAAAAAUCACUGGGUAUAUGGACUUUUAGAAGCAAGAACAGACAGAAUAGUUGCAGCCUUGAAGGAACUUGCAAAGGUUACAUGUUUGCCUUGGAGGUUACCGAAGAGCUACAGUGCUGGCCAGAGCAGGCGAGCCACGAAAGGAAAUGGGUAUCCGUGAGGGAUGCAUUCAA